GUUGUCAUGUUGGAGUGGAGCCGGGUUGAAGUUUGCAGAAAGUAAAGCGUCUCAGUGAAAAAGCCGAGUGUACAGUGAGAGCAGACGAAGUCAAACGCUUCUUCCUGAUGAGCAUCGCCUGAGCAGAAGAGGGAAAGAGAAGCACUGCAGGAUUAACAAAAUGUCUUCCGCUGAGCCCGUCAUCCGAUCGAGACAGACAACAAAAGAAGUCAAUGGCAUUUCAACACAGGUCGUCUGUACAGAGUUCAGCAAUUAUAUAUUCAUAGUUAUCACUCAGUACGGCAAAAUCGGGACUCUGAUAUCUAUCACACCUGACUCCAGAUCUAAUGACAUCAGCACCCCGACGUUCUCCACAAAAGUGCUGCUGGGAAAAGAAGAGGCUCUGACACACGUCUGUGCCAAAAACCUGGCAACAUUUGUGUCGCAAGAAGCCAGCAACAGGCCUGUCCUGCUGGGACUGGCACUCAAGGAUUCCUCCAUAGACGCAAUAAAACAAAUGAAAGAGAUCGUCAAAAGUUGUAAAGUCUGGUAGGAAGUCAACAAAGUGGACGUGAAGCUGAAUGGCUCAGUGAAAAAAAGAGCCUCCUGGAUGGAUGCCCCAUAAUGUCACAGUUUAUUUUGCAUCUUUUUAGACUGAAAGGAUUUUGCUCUUUCCUAAAUGCCAAACUUUAAUAAGAAAAACUUGAGAGGUGUGCUCUAAGAUAUCAGUGUAUGCAUCUAAUUUAAUUUACUCUGAUUGUUUUGAUUUGGUGAGACCAUGAGGAAUGUUUUCUGGAAAAUACUUUACCUGGUUUCAUAUUUGGAUUUCCUGCAAACAACUGAGCUCUCAAAAACUGGAAUAAAAUAGUUUGCAAAAUGAUGUAGUUCCAGUCCCAUCACUGUACAAAAUGCAUCUUUACAUUACUCUGUUUCUUUUGUAGUUUGUAAUGCUUUAUACUGUUGUUUAUUUUGUACUAUAAAAUACAAAUGUUCUAAAACAUGGAGAAAUAAAAGUUUGCUUCUAAAAACUUUUUUUUCUGUCUUUGAAACUUA